CUUGGCUUUCUUCAUAGCUGCGCACCUUUGUGAACAUCCGAUGGUGCGCUUUUGCGCAAAUCUCUCCAAACUUUCCAACCAACCAAGUGGAGGAUAUUUUGAUGCGAAGGAUAUAGCUGAUACGCACACGUACUCUCUGGAAAUGUUCUUUUAUGGACCUCUUCGCUAAGUAAACCCUUAAUGUUUGUAUUUUACGCUGGAAAGAGCUCUUAGGAUUGAUUUCUCCGUUGUUCACUGGGACGUGUUGCGCAGCGGCGCAACUGCGGGAUUGAAAUAACGCUGCUGUUGCCGGAGUUUUCCGAAGCUCGCCAACAUCUCGGGCACCGCAGCUUUGGGCAGGUGCUCCUUUCUGAGUGUGUUUGAAGACGGUGCCAUGCGGAAACUGGAAUCACACAUCGAAGGGCUGUAAAACCUGCUGGAAACGUGAUAUUUAUGCAGAGAUGGGAUCCCUGGUGAGAUCCCGUUGGCUGAUGAUCCCCCUGCUCGUGCAGGCCUGGCUCUUGGCUUCCCAAGGCAGAGUCCGAGAGAAACCGUGUCCCCGAAGCUGCCGCUGCGAUGGCAAAAUAGUGUAUUGUGAGUCAAAUGCCUUCCGUGAUGUGCCAAAGAAUGUUUCCGUGGGAUGCCAGGGCCUCUCUCUGCGGUACAACAGCUUGGUGAACCUCAGGGCUGGUCAGUUUGCCAGCCUCAGUCAGUUGGUCUGGCUGUACCUAGACCACAACUACAUCAAUGCAGUAGACAAACAAGCCUUUCAGGGUGUUAGAAGACUAAAGGAGUUGAUCCUCAGCUCCAACAAGAUCACACAUUUGGAAAACAGCACAUUCCAUUCGAUCCCCAACCUACGCAAUCUGGACCUCUCUUACAACAAACUUCAAGUCCUGCAGCCGAAUCAGUUCCAGGGCUUGCGCAAACUGUUGAGUCUCCACAUCAGAUCGAAUUCCCUCAAGACGGUUCCCAUGCGAGUGUUUCAGGAUUGUCGAAACCUAGAGUUCCUUGAUUUGGGUUACAAUCGACUGCGAAGUCUUACCCGUAACGCAUUUGCAGGACUUCUCAAACUGACUGAGUUACACUUGGAGCACAACCAAUUCUCAAAGAUCAAUUUUUCUCAUUUCCCAAGGCUGAACAACCUUCGCGCUUUGUAUCUGCAGUGGAAUCGGAUAAAGUCAAUAACCCAGGGAAUUACAUGGACCUGGACCUCUUUGCAAAAGCUGGAUCUUUCUGGAAAUGACCUGCAGGUGUUGAAUUCAAGCAUCUUCCAGUGUCUCCCUAACUUGCAGACUCUUAAUCUGGACUCCAAUAAGCUAAGCAACGUGUCUCAAGAGGCCAUAUCAGCUUGGAUCUCUCUUACUACCAUCAGUCUUGCAGGUAACAUUUGGGAAUGCCGCCCCAGCUUAUGUCCCCUUGUAGCUUGGCUGAGGAACUUCAAGGGGAACAAGGAGACCACGAUGAUUUGUGCUGGACCAAAGGAGGUUCAGGGUGAGAAAGUCAUUGAGGCUGUUGACACACAUGGAAUCUGUAAGACGACCCCGACCUCUAACCAGCCAAUCUCCUCAACUGUAAGCUCCCCAUCCAAGCCUAAACGUUUUCCCCUGCCCACCAUGUUCAGGGUGAAUGAGAAAAUAACACGCAACAACCCUGUUGUGCCUUCCCCAACGGCUGCAUCCCCACCUGUCCCUGAGCAGGACUUCGAACAUGUUUCGUUCCACAAGAUAAUUGGCGGCAGCGUCGCCCUCUUCCUAUCCGUGGCCAUGAUUUUGCUAGUGAUCUACGUUUCCUGGAAGCGUUAUCCCAGCAGCAUGAAGCAACUGCAGCAGCAUUCCAUGGUGAGAAAACGCCGGAAAAAGGCACGGGAGACAGAGCGCACCCUCAGCUCUCCGCUUCAGGAAUAUUAUGUGGACUACAAACCCACAAACUCUGAAACCAUGGACGUAUUGGUCAAUGGGACAGGACCCUGUACCUACACCAUCUCCGGCUCCCGAGAAUGUGAGGUAUGAUCCGUCGCCCUCCUAAAAUCCAUUACCACUGCGGGGAACAAGAGGUAAAUG